CAUCAACAUGGCUUCUUACAAAGUUGUAGGGUCUCAUGGAGUCCCCCAAUGGCUUCAGACACAAAGGGAAGUCUUUGAAUUGAAUCUCUCAAAUGCUAAUAUUAUUGGAACAUUUCCAAAAUGGCUUCAGAACAUGUCAAGCAUCAGCUCUCUGGAUCUCUCUAUGAACCAAAUCAGCGGGCACCUACCUAUGAAUAUUGGUUCUUUGUCUAUUCUGUGGUAUCUAUAUCUUGGCAACAAUCUGAUAAAUGGUUCACUUCCAGAGUCAUUAUGCGAACUAGAAUCUUUGCAAGAACUAGAUCUUUCGAGAAACAAGUUUUCUGGGAUAUUGCCUAAUUGUUGGAGAGGGAGCCAAUCCGUGGAUGUCAUCAAUCUAUCACACAAUAAGUUGUCAGGGACUAUUCCAAGCUCAAUGGGGAACUUAUCACAACUGUCGCGAUUGCAUAUGAAUAAUAAUAACUUUAAUGGGGAACUUCCAUUGGCUUUGAGGGGUUGUUCUGAAAUGAUGCUUCUUGAUCUUGGCGACAAUAACUUUUCAGGACCUCUACCAACUUGGAUUGGAGGACAUAGCUUCCGGGACAUAAUAAUUUUGAGGUUCCGCAAGAAUAUGUUUAGUGGAAGUAUCCCUUUAAAUUUUUGCAAGCUCUUGGCACUGAGCAUUUUAGACCUUGCAAAUAACAAUUUGAGAGGAGAAAUUCCUCAUUGCUUUGGAAAACUCACUGGAAUGAUGGUAAAAGAUUAUCCACAAGUGAAUGGAAGUAUGGGUGAUGCGAAGGUUUCACAAGUGAUAAAAGGAAGAGACUUAGAGUAUACAAAAACACUGCUACUUCUUGAUAAUUUGGACCUCUCAAGCAAUAAGCUAGUUGGGAUAAUUCCAAAAGAGCUAUGUUUGCUAUCUGCCUUGCGUGGUUUGAAUUUGUCCCAUAAUCAUUUGUCAGGCAAUAUUCCUAACAAUAUUGAAGAGUUGAAGUCCUUGGAGUCUCUUGACCUUUCAAACAACAAACUUUUUGGUGAAAUUCCACAAAGUAUGUCCAAAUUGUUAUCACUAGACAAGCUCGACUUGUCUUACAACAAUUUGUCAGGCAAAAUUCCAACGGGACCUCAACUUCAAACACUGAAUGAUCCAAAUAUCUAUGCUGGCAACGAUGAACUAUGUGGAACCCCAUUGCCAAAGAAAUGUUUUGGAGAUGAUGAUCGGAGAAAAAAUGCCCACGAAGAUGAUGACGACUACAAAGAUAGUAGGAUCGAAGGAAUAUGGUUUUACUCUGUGGUAACACUUGGAUAUGCAGCUGGAUUAUGGGGAGUAAUUGGGAGUCUGGUUUUCAACAGAAACUGGAGGCAUGCUUUUUUUUGUUUCACUGAAAACACCAUGGAUUGGAUUCUUGUGAGAGUAGAAGUGAGAAUUGGGAGACUGAAGAAGAGCAUCAUGAAGUGGACCAACUAAUAAAGAUAUCUACUGAUAACAUGUAUUUCUCUAUGUGUAUGUACGUACUUCAUAGGACGAUCGAUCCUCUCAGUUUGUGUAUUUCAUCUUAAUUUAUGCUGUCUUGUAUUGUUUAAGUUGUAACCUAUUGCCACAAUAGUUUAUCAAAGAUUCCUCAUUUGCUUCAACUAUGCUCAUCUGUUGGAAUU